AUGAAUGGAGACCAAAGUAGCAGAGCUGGGGGAAGCCUACUUAACUCAGACAGACGGAAAAGCACGCGUUUGAAUAAUGGCGCUGACAGUGCGGAAGCUCCCCAAGACGCCUCGGCCGUGCUCCGAUCUCUCAAUUUGCCUCAACAUACAGAAUAUGAGAUUGUGGCUCCAUAUGAGGUCGACCACCAAGGCCAGUACAUCUCCCAUGAAGUCGCCCACCACCAGCGCAGAAGGCAGCGCAGGUCCCUGACCCCCGAUGCAGACUCUUUGAACACUGACGGCAGCAGCCAAACGGUGCACUUCCGGCUCAGCGGCUUGGGGCAGGACUUCCACAUGGAGCUGAGGGAGGCCUCGGACAGCCUGAUUGCACCUGGCUUCACCGUUCAGGUCCUGGGAAAGAACGGCACCAAGAGCCUGAGGGCCCACCACCGGGAUGACUUCUGCUUUUACCAGGGGUCGCUGAGGUCAAGGGUCAACUCCUCAGUAGCGCUCUCCACAUGCACGGGGAUGUCAGGUUUAAUCCGAACACAGGAUGCAGACUACUUCCUGCGCCCCGUGUCCCCUGGCCUGGCCGGGAGAGAGAACUUCACAGGACCCGUCAGUCACCAGCCGCACAUCCUCUACAGGACCAACACGGGUUCAGCUCCUCAUAAACCACACAGUCGCUACCAGGAAUCCACAGACAAGCAGCUGAAUGCAGCCCGCGGUGAACCACACGUCCUCCACAAGAGAUCCACUCGCUCACAGACCAAUCCUACCUACGACACAUUUACUGAGGACCUCCAGGGGAGUCAACAAAAACAGCAGCACCAGGCCCAUCAUCAUCACCAUGGCAACAGUGACAACAACGACCAGAUGCAGCAUGACUGCAGCGGGCAUCACUGCAGCAACCACCAUCAUGACAGCGACUACAGACACGGGCAGAGGCAGAAGCAGCACUUCUGUGGGAGACGGAAGAAAUACAUGCCCAAGCCUCCAGAAGAUGACCGCUUCAUCCUUCCUGAUGAAUACAAGUUCAUCCCCAGGAACAAAAGAGCGGUGUUCAUGAAGAACCAGGUCAACCAGAAGCUCAACGUGGAGACGCUGGUGGUGGUGGACAGAAAGAUGAUGGACAACCACGGCCAUGAGAACAUCACCACAUAUGUUCUCACUGUGCUCAAUAUGGUCUCCAGUCUUUUCAAGGAUGGAACGAUAGGCGGGAACAUCAACAUAGUGAUAGUGGGUCUGGUGCUUUUGGAUGAAGAGCAGGAUGGCCUGGUGAUCAGCCACCACGCAGACCACACACUGAACAGCUUUUGCCAGUGGCAGUCCGGUUUAGGAGGCAGAGAGGGCAGACGCCACGACCACGCCAUCCUCCUCACCGGCCUCGACAUCUGCUCCUGGAAGAAUGAGCCCUGUGAUACCCUGGGUUUUGCUCCGAUCAGUGGGAUGUGUAGCAAGUACCGAAGCUGUACAAUUAAUGAAGACACAGGACUUGGCUUGGCUUUCACCAUCGCCCAUGAAUCUGGACACAAUUUUGGAAUGGUCCAUGAUGGCGAGGGGAACGUUUGCAAGAAGUCUGAGGGCAACAUCAUGUCUCCCACACUGGCCGGUCACAACGGGAUCUUCUCCUGGUCUGCCUGCAGCCGUCAGUACCUCAGUCGCUUCCUCAAUUCUGCCCAGGCUUUGUGCCUAUCAGAUGAACCCAGGGCGGUGAAGGAGUAUCGGUACCCGGAGAAGCUGCCUGGCGAGCUGUACGAUGCAGACACACAGUGCAAAUGGCAGUUUGGGGAGAAGGCCAAACUCUGCACCCUGGAUUUCAAGAAGGAUAUCUGCAAAGCCCUAUGGUGUCAUCGUGUUGGGAGGAAGUGUGAGACCAAGUUCAUGCCAGCCGCUGAGGGCUCUGCCUGUGGGCCUGAUAUGUGGUGUCGUCGUGGCCAGUGUGUGAAACAGGGCGAUGAGGGUCCACGCCCUCAGCAUGGCCACUGGUCGGAGUGGUCCUCCUGGUCAGCCUGCUCUCGGAGCUGCGAGAGCGGUGUCACCUACCGGGAGAGGCAGUGCAACAACCCCAGACCUGCAUAUGGAGGGAAGUUCUGCGAGGGCUCUUCCAGAUCCUACAAACUGUGCAACACUCAAGACUGCCCUCCCAACUCCACUGACUACAGAGCACAGCAGUGUGCCGAGUUCAACAGCAAGCAGUUCAGAGGAUGGCACUACACCUGGAGGCCGUACACUAGAGUGGACGAUCAAGAUGUAUGCAAGCUGUACUGCUUUGCCGAAGGCUAUGAUUUCUUCUUUGCCCUGGCCAGCAAAGUUAAGGAUGGGACACUUUGCUCUCAGGACAGCUCCAAUGUCUGUAUUGACGGGCUGUGUGAGAGAGUGGGUUGUGACCGUGUGUUGGGCUCCACAGCGGUGCCUGAUGCCUGUGGGGUUUGUAAAGGAGACAACUCCACUUGCAAAGUUUACAAGGGACAGUAUACCAAGCAGCAUUAUACCAACCAGUAUUAUGGGGUGGUGACCAUCCCAGCGGGGGCACGGAGUAUCCGGGUGGUGGAGCUCAACACCUCCAGCUCCUACCUGGCUGUCAGGGACACCCAGAGGCGCUACUACCUGAACGGGCGCUGGACGGUGGACUGGCCCGGGAGACAUCCCAUCGCCGGGGCCCUGUUUGAGUACAAGAGGCCCUACAACAGACCUGAGAGCCUCACAUCCACUGGCCCCACCAACCAAACACUGGUCAUAGAGAUUUUGUUGCAAGGCUGGAACCCGGGUGUACGCUGGGAAUACACUCUGAGGAAAGAUGAUGAGAGAAAGAACCACAUCAAACACAACUACACCUGGGCCAUCAUACGCUCUCAGUGCUCAGCAACAUGUGCUGGAGGCCAGAUGAACACCAAGUCGGCAUGCUACAAAGACCUGAGGGUUCAGGUGAAUACUUCCCUCUGCAAUCCCAGAUCCAGACCGACUACUGGACUGAUGCCCUGCAACACCCAACCAUGUCCCACCAGCUGGUCUGUAGGGGAGUGGGGGGUGUGCAGCCGGAGCUGUGGAGGAGGGGAGCAGACGCGGCAGGUCCAGUGUGUCCAGAGAACCAGCCAGACAAAUGUAGACGCCCUGGCCGACCCUCAAUGUGUCCAGCCCACCCCAGCCAGGAGGCAGGCCUGCAACACUCACAGCUGUCCACCAGUUUGGACCACGGGGCCGUGGUCACAGUGCUCUCGUAAGUGCGGCAAUGGCCUGAGGAAGAGGACGGUGCUGUGUACGAGCACCGAUCCCAGUGCCCGGACGCACACACGCACUCUGCCAGACGGCGCGUGUGCUGGCUCGCAGAAACCUGCCAGUCAAGAAUCCUGCUUCAUCAAACGCUGCCAGAAACAACGCAAAGUCCAGUGGUUUGUCUCCACUUGGCAAGAGUGCUCUGUAACCUGUGGCCGUGGAUAUCAGGCACGUUUCAUCAAGUGUGCAGAGAAGGACACUGCAGGAAAAUACAGAGAGCUUGCUGCAAAGAAGUGCCAUCAUGUUCCUAAACCUUUGGUGGAGCUCCAGAGGCCCUGCGUCCUGGCUGAGUGCCCCACCCACACCACCACACCCAACCACCAGUGGAGUACACAUCAUCGCGCCCGUCCUCCUCCACCCGCUCCACAACCUCUGCCUGGACCGGAGUGGCACACAUCUCCCUGGUCUCAGUGCACGGUGACAUGUGGAGGAGGCGUGCAGGCCAGGACAGUGCAGUGUCUGGCCCAGGGGAAGCCCUCCCCCGGGUGUGUCCUCCACCUGAAGCCCACCAUGUCCCAGGCCUGCAACACCAACUUCUGCCCACAACCAGAGAAGAAAGACCUGGUGUGUAAGGAUUACUUCAACUGGUGUUAUCUGGUUCCCCAGCAUGGAGUCUGCAACCACAAGUUCUACGGCAAGCAGUGUUGCAACUCCUGCUCGAACUCCAACCUAUAA